CACUCCAAUGUCACUUCCGGUACUUCCAGGCGGGGAAUUUUGAAACUUUUGAGGACUGACGAGUUAAAUCAAAAAUGAACUGCUCUCAAGUUAUUCAAUCGUAGUUUUGCAUUAGUUAUUUGUUGCUUAGUUAGCUUGUGCGAUAUAUGUAUUUGCUAAUUAAUUACUAAUUUGUUUUACUAAUUUCUCAAGUUAGCUAGCUUGUUGUCGAUAGCUACUAGCCUGAUAACGUUAAUGUGUAUUAUUGCUAGCUAAUCACCCACCGAAUUCAUGUAUUAACGUUAGUAAAUAAAUUGGACAGACGGCAAGGAUGAGCAACGAGACACAUCAAUCAUUUUUGGCUGAUUCUACCAGCCAGCCACGAAGGAGGUCAGCGCGGUUGACCUCUCCAAAUCAAAAUGUCCCCAACUCAACUCCUACAGACACUGUGAAACGCAGCAUAACUGUGAGGAAAAUUGCACCCAGGAAAACACAAUUCAAUGUACCCUCGGAGGACAACAAAGAAAAUGAACAAAGAUUGUCUGAAGGCAGUCUGAAGAAGGCCAAAAUUUCUAUCCCAGGAACUGCCCAGGUACCUCCACCAAAAGCCACCAUGCUCUCCCUGAUCUUGGCCCCCUAUCCCCAGGCUACAGGGAACCCUGAGGACUCAGCAUGGUCACAGAAGGUUCGUCGGUCCUACAGCCGCCUAAGCCUAGGGGACCGUUCGUUUGAGCAUCCCCAAGGCCAGGACGUGUCCUCCCCAUCUCUGCGUCGGGAGACCCUGUUUGGGUUUGAGAAGCUUCAGACACCCCAGGUUCUCCGCAAGCUGGUGCAGUCCAGGGUGGGCUCUGAGGCCUCAAAGUCAUUCUGUGGGGUCAGCUCCUUCACCCUGAUAGAAGGGGAUGACAGUGCUGCUCCUGAGCCAGAUGUCAACAUUCCUGGAGUUGCUGUGGUAAAGGAGAAGAGGAGGAGGAAGAAGGUUCCUCAAAUGAAACUGGCAGAGUUGGACGACUUUGCUGCAAAGAUGAAUGCAGAGUUUGAAGAGGCGGAAGGAUUUGAUUUGGUGGUGGAAUAAACUCAUAGGUCAUCCUCAAAGACUUUGACAUGUAACUAGAAAUCCUUUUUGCCAAGAUUGGAGAAAGUAAUCUUUUACACUUCUAUGAUUGCAUUUCAAAGGUGAUGAGGUGUGAAAGUAGUUGAUAUUUGCAUAAAUAUGGCACCUAUGGGAACAACAAACAGGAUUAAUUUACAAUACAGAUGUAGAUGUAGGCUUUUUCAAUGUUCUAAAUGUGAGAUUGUUUUAAAAAAGUGACUUAAUACGAGUUGUGUAAUCUUAAAACCAGUUUCUAUCUUCACUGAUGUUCCUGUCACUUUGAUAGGUUGAUAUUUCUUUUAUUUUUGAGAUGACAACUUCAUUAGGUCACAGGGACAUUAUCUUGUGUUGAAGAGCACCCUUUUAUAUUUUAAAUCAUUGUAAAUUGGAUUACAGACAUCAGGUGUGUUAUAACUUGUAAGAUUUAUUUACAAAGCAUUUCCUGUGAUGUUGAGAUUACAGCUGUUUGCUUUUUACUUUGUUCUUUUCCUAAGUGUUAGAAUUUGGGAUAGAAGAUGUCCAAACUAAGAAUCUUUAUCAUGCCAGAUUGUCAUGUCCUACUAUGAUUUCAGAACUUGUGUUUUUGGAUUUGAUUGAAGCCUGCAUGUCAUGCAUUCCCUUAUCACAUUUGUUCUCUAGAUGGUGUUCUCACCCUCUCAUUGUGGAAGCCAUCACUGUUUUUACAUAUAAAAUAUUAGUUUAAAUGUAAUUAUUUAUUCCUCUCAUAUACAGUUGAAGUUGGAAGUUUACAUAUACCUUAGCCAAAUACAUUUAAACUCAGUUUUUCACAAUUCCUGACCUUUUAAUCCUUUUUUUU